AUGGCCAGCCGGGGCGACUGGAGCACGGAGCUGUGGGACAUCUGUGCGCAGCCAGGAGGGCCCAACAUGUGUUGUUUGUCCCUCUGGUGUCCUUGCAUCCAGUACGGCCUGCUCCUGGAACAGCUCCCUCCGGGCUCGGUGACGUGUGCGGGCAGCGUGGUGGGAGGAUGUGCGCUGUUUUGUGUUUUGUGGGUGCUGGGGGACCUUCUGGGGGCGGCGCUCCUCACCAAGGUGUUCACGCUGCCUUGUACGGCGCUCGUACACGCACAUACGCGCGGCUAUAUACGUCGCAAGUACGGCAUACAGUCCCAUCCGCUCCACGACUGCUUGGUCACGUGGUGCUGUGCGCCGUGUGCGCUGUGUCAGGAGGUGCGGGAGGUGGUGGUACGGCAGGCGGCGGAGAGAGAAGAUCAGCCGCGCACGCCGCUGCUCAUGUGCCGGUCAGGAUCCGGACACGACCGGGCCGACCUGUCCGCCAGGAGCUCUCCGGCGGGGUCCCGGGCGGCCUCCGGGCUUGUGCCGAUGGGCUCGGCGCCAGAGCCGCCGACGUCACCCGCAGGCGGCGGCAGUGCCGCCACCGCCGCCACGUCCUCGUCGUCAGCAACAGCGACAGCAAUGGUAACUUUUAGCGUGGCGGGUAUUUCGGAGUCACACAGCGGGAUCAGUGCUGAGAAGGGCGGGUUGGAGGGCAGAGUUUCCGGAAGCUGCUGCCACGAGGUUGGCUCGCCGUCUCAGCUGCCGCAGCGAGCGUCGGGACGCGCCGGGGGCCUGCUGGCUGCUGGUGUGUCGAGUCCGAAUGCUGGCACGGGCGUUAGUGGCACGGUUGCGGGCGCAGGAGUGGCAACUGUGACUGCGACAUCAGCAACAGCCGGUGGCGGUGGUGGCGGUGGUGGUCCAUCGCUGGGGGGUGCACUGCAGGCGGAUGCAGCGCUAGUUUCCCCGCCCGCGGUAUCCGGGCGGGGCCCCCAUGCGGCGGCUAUGGCUGGAGCCGCUUCGAGUCAGCAGCCGGGGGGCCCCCGAGUGCGGGGGUGA